AUGCCGAGUUGCUAUGAGUCUCUUGAAGAUCCCUGCUUUGAUCUAAGGUUUAUAGAGGAACGAGCUGACACUGCUCUUGACUCCAUCUACCAAAAGUCUUCCAUAUGGGAUUUUCCAAGAAGAUCUGAAGUGAACAGCACAGGCAAUUCGAUGGUGCUAACAAUGACUAUGUGGAACAUUGACUCUAACUCAACACUUGACACUUAUAUUGGGAGUUUAUUUCCAUUUACCAUCACUGCUGUCUCUAAUGAAGUGAUUAUAACCGGUACACCAUCCGAGAAUAUCCUAUCGCCUAAUCAGUCUGCACUAGGGUUUAUCGAAUCUCCAAGGAGGGAUAACAUCUUGAUGUAA